CACACUCUCUGCAUGACAAUUCAUUGUCCUUUCUCCUCUUAAAUUCUUUUCCUUUCCUUUCCCUUCCCUGUCCGUCUGUCUUUUUGUCUAUAUAUGCAGGAUCACUGCUCUAAAGCUUACCUCAUAAGCAAUAAUAAUAUAUUAACACAAAACAUUCUAGAGGCCAUUAUCAAGGUCAGUCGUUUCACAUGGGUUUUAUAGAGACCGAAGAGAGACGGGUAAUGGAGAUGGAAGAAUUGAAGCGCAUGUUAGUAGCGUGCGCAGGAUUCAGCCGGAGAAAAGACGACGAUAAAUUCAAAGAUUUGCGUCUUCCGUCGACAGAAAUGGAUGAAGACGGUGGCCGGAAUAAGGUAGUUUGCGUUACAAGUGGAGUUUCCUUUCUUGGCCUCGCGGUCGUUAACUGCCUAUUGCGACGUCGAUAUUCCGUCAAAAUUAUUGUCAAUACUGAAGAGGACAUGGAGAAAUUGAGAGAGUUAGAAACCUGUGGAGAGAUGAGGGCAAGCAACAGUAGUAUUAAAGCUGUUAUGGCCAACCUAACUGAAAUUGAAAGCUUAAUGGAAGCAUUUGAGGGCUGUCGUGGCGUUUUUCACACCUCUGCAUUUGCCGACCCUGCUGGACUUUCUGGCUAUACUAAAACCAUGGCUGAAAUAGAGGUAAGAGCCAGUGAAAAUGUGAUGAUGGCAUGUUCAAGAACACCCUCAGUAAGACAUUGUGUGCUCACAUCCUCACUUUUGGCCUGUAUAUGGCGAGAUGGCAUGAAACAAGAUUUCUCCCCUGUAAUCAACCAUGAAUCUUGGAGUGAUGAAUCACUUUGUACCGACAAAAAGCUAUGGCAUGCCUUGGGUAAGCUAAGAGCAGAGAAGGCAGCCUGGAGAAUAGCAAAGGAGAAAGGUUUAAAAUUGGCCACUAUAUGUCCAGGCCUCAUCACAGGACCAGAUUUCUUCAAUAGAAAUCCAACAGCAACAAUUGCUUAUCUAAAAGGAGCUCAAGAAAUGUUUGCACAUGGUCUGCUAGCAACCAUAGAUGUUAUGAAAGUAGCAGAGGCUCAUGUGUGCGUGUUUGAGGCAAUGAAGACGACAGCAUUUGGCAGGUACAUAUACUACGAUAGCAUGAUUGAAAGCGAGGAGAAAGCAGAAAAAUUGGCUGCAAUGGUGAGAAUGCCUGUGAGCAAGAUAUGUGGAAAUGCAUCUGGUUACGUUCCGGCUCGAUUUCAGAUAUCCAAUGAAAAAAUUUUAAACCUCAUGUCAAGAACACUUCGCACUUGUUAUAAUCAAAGUUAGGAAUUAGGAAACUUAAACGUCACUGUUUUACUCUUAUGUUGUUUGAGAGUAUGUAAAAAGGGAAUUACCAAUUCUUAUUUUGUUGCAGAGUAUGUAAGAAGGGAAUUACUAGCCACCCAUAUAGAUCAAAUCAAAUCAAAGGCACCAAGGGACAUGUACCCAAUCUAACGGACAAAAUUGUAAUUGAAAUUUGAAACAUAUUGUGAUGCUUCCUUCAAUAUAAAUAACAUCAAAAUGUGAAAUUUA